AUGCAACUCAAUCGGCGCCUGUUGGGCGGUCUCGUCGCCUCCUGGGUCUUCCACCACGUGGCAGCCCAGACCAUCGUCGUCGAUGGCGAGAAGACGGCUGCCAACUCUGACAAUGUCGAUGAGGCUAGCGAGGUCGUGGCUGGAGACUACCUCCCCGAGGAAAAGGUCCAGCUCACGGACUCGAUCCUCUCCAACCUGACCGACCUCCAGCUGACCAACGUCUCUGUCCUGUACUUUGACGACACCACUCAGAAUGAGAAGCGAGGUCUCCAGGCUGGUCUGCCCAAGUGCAAGACCUUCCCCGGUGACCUUCUCUGGCCUGGCACCAUCAUCUGGAAGGUCCUUGACCUCGUCACUGGCGGUGCCAUCAUCAAGACUGUCCCCAUCGGAGCUGCCUGCUACGAUGAGUUCGGUGCUGUCGAUGAUGCCCGCUGUGUUCAGGUCAUUGACCAGUGGACCAACUCCUCUCUGCACGAAGAGGACCCUACCUCGGUCAUGUCACCUCUCUACCAGGGCAUGACUUGCAUGCCUAGCGAGAACCCCAGCGGUGACUGCACCCUCGGCGGCUUCCCCUCAUAUGUCAUCGAUGCCCGCAAUGUCGCCCAUAUCCAGCUGGCUAUCAACUUUGCCCGCACCCUGAACCUGCGUCUUGUCGUCAAGAAUACCGGCCAUGAUUUCAAUGGUCGCUCUGUCGGUGCUGGUGCCCUCUCCAUCUGGACCCAUCGUUUCAAGAGCAUCCAGUACUUCCGCUCUUUCAAGGCCGGCUCUUGGUCUGGCCCUGCCCUGAAGGUCGGCGCUGGUGUUAUCGGCUCCGAGGUCUAUGAGGCUGCUGAGAAGUACGGCGUCACUGCUGUUGGUGGCGAGGGUAUGUCCGUUGGCUAUGCUGGUGGUUACCUUGCCGGUGGUGGUCACUCUCCUAUGAACAAUGUCCAUGGCAUGGCUGCUGACCAGGUCCUGAGCAUUGAUGUUGUUACCCCCGACGGUCGCUUCAUUACUGCUAAUGACAAGGAGAACACUGACCUCUUCUGGGCCCUCCGUGGCGGUGGUGGUUCUACCUUCGGUGUCGUUACCUCCUACACCGUCAAGGCCCACCCCAAGACCAAGGUCGCUGUCAUGUCCUUCUCCUUCGCCACCAGCGACACCAUCUCUCACGAGACCUUCUGGCUCGCUGUCCGCGCCUUCUGGGAACAGAUUCCUACCUACAACGAGAAGGGCAACUAUGAGUACUGGAACAUCUGGCACGUCACUGAAGAGACCUUGGCCUUCUCCAUGGUCCCUUGGUUCGCUCCUGGCUUUACUCUUGCUGAGCUCGAAGCUCUCGCUGCUCCUUUGUUCAAGACAUGGAAGGACCUUGGUAUUGUCCCUCAGGUCACCAAGUCUGAGCACUCUAGCUAUUACCCUGCCUGGAAGUCUGGCUUCCCCCGCGAGCUCGUCGGUGGUGUCGUCUCCAAGACUGCCGGACGUCUCUUCCCCAAGGAGAACUUUGUCGAUGCUGCCAAGUUCAAUGCUACCUUCGACGCCCUCAAGGGUCUCUCCGACAAGGGCGGCCAGAUCAUCGGUUUUGGUAUCACCGGCGGCCCCGGCCCUUACCCAGAUAACGCCGUCAACCCUGCUUGGCGCAACGCUGCUAUGUUCGCCAUCUCAGUUAUCAACUGGCCUGAGGGUAGCUCCUGGUCUCACAUCGCCCAGGAGAGCAAGAAGCUCACCAACGAGUGGAUGAAGCCCUGGCGCGACGUCUCCCCCGGAAGCGGCGCCUACGCCUCCGAGUCGGACGUCACUGAGCCUGACUUCAAGCAGUCCUUCUACGGCACAGCCAAGUACAACCGUCUUCUGUCUAUCAAGGAUGACGUCGACCCUACCGGCCUCUUCUACGCUCUCCAGGCUGUUGGUAGUGACCGUUGGUACAUUACCAACCAGAUCGAUGGCGUCCCUACUCAGAACGGCAAGCUUUGCCGCGUCUAA